AUGAUCGAGAAGUCAGUUUCAAGAACAGUAUGUUGUGCUUCUGCUCAUUAUAAAUUUUAUUUUUUAUACGUUUACGCUUCAUCAGUGUAUUGCAUCGACGCAAAGCUGCAGUUCGACGACAACGCCGCCUUUCGCCACCAAGACAUAUUCGCCUACGGUCAAGAAGUGGAUCAGGAUGUGCUUGAAAAAAUGGCUGAACAAAACCACCUCAAUUACAUUCGUCUCAGCGGCAACAUCGGUUGUCUGGUCAACGGAGCCGGUCUGGCGAUGGCUACGAUGGACUUGAUCAGCCAGCAAGGGGCGCUUCCGGCUAACUUUCUUGAUGUCGGUGGCAUGGCGAUGAAAGAGCAGAUCUCUAACGCUUUCAGAAUUAUUGCCUGUGACAAAAACGUCAAGGCGGUUUUGGUGAAUAUCUUCGGCGGAAUAGUUGAUUGCGAGGUGGUCGCUAAAGCUUUGGAGGAAACUUUGGGUUCCUCUGCGAUGGCACUGCCAAUAGUGGUCAGAUUGGAAGGAACCAACGCUCAGAACGCGUUAAACGUGCUUUCAGCUGGACGACUUCCAGUGACUACUGCACGCGAUAUGGACGAUGCAGUAAAAAAGGUUGUUGCUUUACUUCCACAGGCCGAAGUCAAGUCAAGUGAUCUUAAUUCGGUCAGUCUUUACCAUCCUGCGCUUUACCUGAUUGUAUACUUCCGCUUCUACUUUUUACUCAACGUCUGA